CCACCCCCAGCAUACGGCGACACAUACGGCGAUGUCAGCAGUCAAGAUGCUGGAUUGGGCGCCAAAGCCACUCUCCGCUCCGACGGUAGAGUCAACAUCAACAUCAACCAGACGUCUCGCCAGCUCUCGAGCUUACUCGUACCCGCCUUGAGGAGUCAACUCGAUCUCGCAGACACUACAAAAGUCCCUCCACCAUACAUUCCCACCUCGCUCGGAGGAGCUCCUGGUCAACCGCCACCACCGCCUCUGAAUGUCGUCAUCCAUGUUGUUGGCUCAAGAGGUGACGUGCAGCCCUUUGUAGCCCUAGGCAAGGUUCUCAAAGAACAAUACGGCCAUCGUGUCCGUCUGGCAACACACCCCGUCUUCAGAGAUUUCGUCACCGAGAACGGGCUUGACUACUUUAAUAUUGGAGGUGACCCCUCGGAGCUCAUGGCCUUCAUGGUCAAGAACCCGGGCUUAAUGCCUGGAUUUGACGUGCUCAGGUCUGGAGACGUUGGGAAGAGACGCAAGGAGAUAUCCACCAUGAUCAAGGGGUGCUGGAGAAGUUGCAUCGAGUCUGGGGAUGGUACUGGCGUGGCUGCAAACGACAAUACUACUGAAGAGUGGAUGCGCAAUACAGACGCCUCGGACAAGCCCUUUAUCGCUGAUGCCAUUAUUGCAAACCCUCCUUCGUUCGCGCACAUUCACUGCGCCGAGAAGCUAGGAUGUCCUUUGCACAUGAUGUUUACCAUGCCAUACUCUCCAACCCAAGCCUUCCCCCAUCCUCUGGCUAACAUCCAGUCCACUAACGCCGAUCCUCAUCUCACAAACUUUAUCAGUUACACUCUUGUCGAGAUGUUGACCUGGCAAGGCCUGGGCGAUGUAAUCAACAGAUUCAGAGUGAAGGACCUAUCUCUGGAUCCUAUCAGUUUAAUCUGGGCUCCUGGCAUGCUAACAAGACUGCGCAUCCCCUACACAUACUGUUGGUCUCCUGCUUUGAUCCCCAAGCCCAAGGAUUGGGGCAACCAGAUCUCCAUCUCCGGUUUCUACUUCCUCUCUCUGGCCUCGAACUUCACACCACCUCCUGAUCUCAAAGCUUUCCUGGACGCUGGACCACCCCCUGUCUACAUUGGAUUUGGAUCAAUCGUCCUCGACGACCCGGACGGUAUGACCAAGCUUAUUUUUGAUGCCGUCCGCAAGACUGGCCAACGUGCUCUGGUGUCCAAGGGUUGGGGAGGCUUCGGCGCUGACGAGAUGGGCAUUCCAGAAGGUGUGUUCAUGCUUGGUAAUGUGCCUCACGACUGGCUCUUCAAACAUGUAUCCUGUGUAGUCCACCACGGAGGAGCAGGCACGACUGCUGCUGGUAUUGCAUGCGGUGUACCCACAGUCAUCGUUCCUUUCUUCGGAGAUCAGCCUUUCUGGGGUGCCAUGGUCGCCAAAGCUGGAGCUGGUCCUGAUCCCAUCAACCACAAGGACUUGACCGCCGACAGUCUGGCCGAGGCAAUCAACAAGGCACUUGAGCCGGCCACCAGAGAACGUGCUCAGGAUCUGGCCAACAGCAUAAGUCAUGAAAAAGGAACCGAGUCUGGCGCUCAGAGCUUCCAUCAGUUCCUUGAAGUCGACAAGAUGAGGUGUAGCAUAGCACCUAGUAAAGCGGCUGUUUGGCGUCUCAAGAGGACCGAAGUUCGUCUGAGUGCUCUGGCAGCCACCACUCUUGCGACGGAGGGAUUGUUAGACUUCAAGGACUUGAAGUUGUAUCGUCCUAGAGAGUACGAAGCUGACGAAGGUCCUCCAGAACCUAUCUCGGGUGGUGCUGGAGCUCUCACCGGCACAAUCAGCACUAUGAUGAUGGGAGUUGCUGACUUUCCUGUUGCUGCUUUGAAAGCAUUGCGCAUUCAUCCUGAUUCUGUACCCAACAAGACCAAAACAGACCCUCAGGAUAGUUCUCAGCAAUCUUCAGAGUCUCAGCCGAGUCUGCCUAGAACAUCCACCAAGGGCUCUACCGUUUCUAGCCCAAGCAGACCCGCCUCUCCUGCUCGAGGUGCCAGUACAGGUGGCUCUUUCAACCUGGACGAAUCGUUUGCGAAGAUGGGCUCUCCUCAUCUGACGCCGGCCGAUAGGACUGAUAGUGGAAAGCGUAGUCGCUCGUCCUCGCUGGCUGCAGCCUUACAGGGACAGGUCAUCGAAGCCGCGUUUGGUGCCAGCAAGGGUGUCUCAAGAAUCGUUGGAGCUGGUUUCAAAUCACCAAUGGACUUUACUCAUGCUCUUGCCAAGGGUUUCCACAACGCACCCAAACUCUAUGGAGAUGAGUCUGUCAGGAAGCCGGAUCGUAUCACCGACUUCCGAUCUGGACUUCGGGCAGCUACCAAGGAGUUCGGUUAUGGCAUGUUCGAUGGCAUUACCGGACUUGUUACUCAGCCAAUGGAAGGUGCCAAGAAAGAAGGCGCUGCCGGAUUCCUCAAGGGGUUCGGCAAGGGCAUUGGUGGUAUCGUGCUGAAGCCUGGUGCAGCCAUCUUUGGUAUUCCAGCAUACACAAUGAAGGGUGUCUAUAAGGAGCUGCAACAACUGUCUGGAUCUUCUGUCCAGAAUUACAUUAUUGCGGCUCGCACGGCUCAAGGUUAUGACGAGUGGCAUAGAUCGAGUGCGCAGGAACGACAGGAGAUUAUCAGACGCUGGAAGAUUGUCGAGUCCGAAGUCAAGAAGAAGAAGUUCAUCCACGAGCAUUUCCAAGAUAUGCUUAGAAAGCAAUGGGAUGGUAAUGGUAGCGGUAACGGUGGCGAUGGUCAAGGCAAAGGUUCGCGCUCUUUGUUGGGCAUUCGUCCCCGUUCGCGUGCUAAUUCGCGUGCAGCGAGAACCGGUACACAGAGCGAAGUCUCCACGCCGACAGUCGAGCUGGAAAGAGCCAUUCAAACGUCUGUUGCCGAUACUAGUCGCGGAGACCCGGAGCAAGAUGCCAUGAUCGAGCGAGCCAUCCGUGCUAGCAUCGCCGAAUUAGCGUCUAGCCAACCUCCUCCUGCAUACCAGGAGAACGUCUCGUCCCCUGAGCAUGACGCAGAACUAGCAGCAGCACUCAAGGCCAGUCUAGCGAAUGAUUCCAAGCACAAAGACAAGCGUGUCAAGCGUUACGGC